AUGUUUAAAAUAGCCAUUAAAUAUACUAGUACAAUACCAUCAACAUAUUCAAACCCUACUGCGAUAGAUAGAAGCGGCGAUUUCGGAUUUAAGUACUCUUACCUUCAACAUGUUUCAAUAUUGGACGCCAUCUUGGCAUCAUAUUCUGGUCCGAGAUUCACUGUUACUAAUUCAAUUACUCCAGUUGAUAUGGGUGGCUUUUUUGUGUAUUUAUUGGCUAAUGAUCUUUCUCCACCCGCUAACCCCCUUUGUGGAACUACGGCUUCUCUUGUUGGGUCAUGUUCUCCGCAACCAAAAAAUAUAAAUUCUGAUUGGUGCCUUUUGAUUGGAAAUUUCUUUGUGAGCCAGUCUGUUACUUUUGAUAUUUCAUAUGUACUUUCUGAUACUCCUAAUCCUUCUGGUCCUUCUGGUCCUUCUAGUUCUUCUAACCCUUCUGGAAAUAACCCUAAUUCAAAUGGUUCUACUAGUAAUUCCUCUGAAUCUCCACCUAUUGCUGCUAUUAUUGGUGGUGUUUGUGGUGGUGUUGCCAUUUUGGCUUUAGCAGCUACUAUUGGUAUUUGCAAAUGUUCGAAGCAUAAGAAAUUCAGAAGAUUCAAACGUAGAAGAUUUAGUCGUAAAAGUGAAAAUCUUGAUGAUGAUUUUCUUAAACAUAAGCCUGAAAUGUCUGAUAUAAAUGCUGUUGGCAAACGAAACAAUGAUAGUGGUCCUCAUGGCGGUGGAGGUGAAGGUGGAGGUAACGUUAAACAAGAUUCUCAGAGGGGUGGUGACAUUAACACAAAUAAUCUUAACAAUCAUGCUGGUGAUCAUGAUAAUCAUGUUGGUGAUGGUCAUGCUGGUAGUCAUGGUGAUGAUCAUGCUGCUAAUGGGAAUGCUGGCGGAGAUGGUUACAACUCAGUUAGUCAUACCGAUGGUGUUGAUGGCUACAACUUAAAUGGUAAUUUAAGUAGAGGUUUUGAUAAUGCUACCGAUUCACCAACAUUGUAUACCGGACAAAAUGUACAACCUAUAGUUAAAAAUGUAAAAGAUGUAAAAAAAGUGAUAGAAAAUGUUACUGUGAAGGAUGAAGUAAAGGAAGAUAAAGCUGAUAUUUUAUUACUUGUAGGUGACGAGAGUAAUGACAAUGAAACGAAAAAAAGAACUAAAGCUCACAAUUUUAACGAUGACGUUAUUUUAAAAAUAAAAGAUGUAUUAUAG